CAUGUGUUCACAGACCGAGUAGCACAGAGGGAAACAAGCGUGCGAAGCUGCGCUCAUUCCUCCUUAUCGUAGGCUUCAAGACACGCACUCUGUGCAAGGUGGAAGUAACUUUUAUCCUUCAGAGAAGAGUUAUAAACAACCCGGAAUAUAUAGCUGGUCAAAAGUCUCACAGCAAACGAUAACCAUGUCGGCCUCAUCGGCGAAAGUCAACAGAAAGGAGAAUUCAAAUCACGACGGAGCGGAGGAGACCUCUGAAAAAGAGCAACAGGAAGCAAUUGAACACAUUGAUGAAGUACAGAAUGAAAUUGACAGACUGAAUGAACAGGCAAGCGAAGAAAUUUUAAAAGUAGAGCAGAAGUACAACAAAUUACGCCAGCCGUUCUUUCAGAAGCGAUCAGAACUCAUAGCCAAAAUCCCAAACUUCUGGGUCACAACAUUUGUCAACCAUCCACAAGUUUCAGCUCUUCUGGGUGAGGAAGACGAGGAAGCACUUCAUUACUUGUCGAGGGUGGAGGUCACUGAGUUCGAGGAUAUCAAGUCUGGAUAUAGAAUAGAUUUUUAUUUUGAUGAAAACCUGUACUUUGAGAACAAAGCCCUCUCCAAAGAGUUUAAUGUCAACGAGAGUGGAGAUCCUGUUUCCAAAUCAACGGAAAUCAAGUGGAAAGCUGGAAAGGACCUAACGAAGCGAAGCGGCCAGACGCCGAACAAAGCGGGGAAGAAGCGGCAGCAUGAAGAGCCCGAGAGCUUCUUCACCUGGUUCACCGACCACUCUGACGCCGGCGCCGACGAGCUGGGAGAGGUGAUCAAAGACGACAUCUGGCCCAACCCACUGCAAUACUACCUGGUCCCUGACAUGGAGGAUGAGGAAGGUGAUGAUGACGAUGAUGAUGACGAGGAGGGUCUGGAAGAUAUCGACGAGGGGGAAGAAGAGGAUGGUGAAGAUGAGGAUGAGGAUGGAGAAGAUGGCGAGGACGAGGAUGAUUAAAACGUUAAGCGGACUACAGGAGUAGUAUAGGGGGGGUUGUAAAAAUACCACACAAAACAUCUUUUUCCUGCGUGUCGUCAGCCUCCCAUCCUCUUCCUCUGCAGCCACAGCCUGUGCAUAAUGCAUACACAAGUAGGAGAGGGGUCAUUUACUCAUCCAGUCUCCCCCUUUAUUGUUUCUCUACAUCGCCCAAAGACCUGCGAAAGGAUCAAACUUUUUUGUAACAUUCUGCAUGUCAUCCUACGUAGAUUUCAAAUACAGCGGCUUGCAAAAGUAUUCACCCCCCUUGGCAUUUUUCAUGUUUUGUUGCCUCACAACCUGGAAGUAAAAUGGAUUGCUUGUGUUUGCAUCAUUUCAUUUACAGAACAUGCCUACAACUUUGAAGAUGUGAUGUUUUUUAUUUAUUGUGAAGCAAACAACAAAAAGGAGAAAAUAACAGAAAACUUCAGAGUGCAGAACUAUUCACCCCCUAAUGUCAGUACUUAGUAGAGCCACCUUUUGUCCCAAUUACAGCCGCAAGUCGCUUUUGAUAAUUCUCAAUGAGCUUGCCACAUCUUGCCACUGGGAUUUUUGCCCAUUCCUCAUGGCAAAACUUCUCCAGCUCCUUGAAGUGGGAUGGUUUCCGCUUGUGAACAGCAGUCUUCAAGUCAAACCAGAGAUUCUCAAUUGGAUGGGAUGUGUUGGGUUUCCGCCAGACAUAGUGUUUCCCUUGGUGGCCGAAAAGUUCAAUUUUAGUCUCAUCUGACCAGAGCACCUUCCGCCAUACACAUGUCGAACGCAUGCCUUUUGGCAAACUCAAAACGUGCCUUCUUAUUUUUAACACUAAGUAAUGUUUUUUUCUGGCCACUCUUCCAUAAAGCCCAGCUCUAUGGAGUGUAUGGCUUAUUGUGGUCCUAUGCACAGACACUCCAGUCUCUGUUGUGGAACUCUGCAGCUCCUUCAGGGUGACCUUUGGUCUCUCUGUUGCCUCCCUGAUUAAUGCCCUCCUUGGCCGGUCUGUGAGUUUUGGUGAGCGGCCCUGUCUUGGCAGGUUUGUUGUGGUCCCAUGUUCUUUCCAGUUGAAGAUUAUGGAUUUGAUGGUGCUCCGGGGGAUCAUCAAAGAUGUGGAUAUGUUUUUAUAACCCAACCCUGAUUUGUAUUCCUCAAUAACUUUGUCCCUGACUUGUUUGGAGAGCUCCUUGGUCUUCAUGGUGUGAUGCCUCUCACUUAGUGGUGUUGCAGCCUGUAGGGCCUUUCAGAAAAGGUGUAUUUAUACUGACAGAUCAUGUGACACUUAGAUUGCACACAGGUGGACUUCAUUUCGCUUAUUAUGUGACUUCUGAAGGUAAUUGGUGACAACAGAACUUUUUAGGGGCUUCAUAGCAAAGGGGGUGAAUACAUAUGCACAUGCCAUUACUUAGAUUAUUUUGUGCAGAUCCAUCACAUACAAUUCAGAUUAAAAACAUUUAAAUUACAGGUUGUAAUGUAACAAAAUAGAUAAAAAGCCAAGGGGGGUGUAUACAGCAAUUUCUAUGUAAAACAUGAAAAUCAGUUUCUGUUGUGGGUUCAAUAAAACAUAAGCCAUGGUGCGGUGAUAACUAAAUCAUAGCAUCCUUAGCCACUUCUAUAAAUGUAUAUUACAGUAUAUCCAGUGGUGGCAAGACAAAGGCUUGUUAGAAGUUGCAUUUUCCUUUUGUGACUUGUGCCACUUUUCCACCAACCCGAGCUGGAGCUGGAGCCGAUAAAGAUCUGUUUUUUCGUGUUUCCACCGCACCGGCGCCGGCUUUAAGCGCCGAAAAACCAGAUCUUUCUGACCCCACUCGGCUGCCCGGCAAGAUCCAAUACGAACCAAUACGUCACGCUUACUUCGGAGGGGGGAGAUUAACCUGAGCAAUAACAGUUCAUGGCGAGUACAUGUUGUAACAAGCAGUAGCGCUGAGCAAAGUGACAAGAACGCGACCACACACUUCUAAACACACACUUUAUAAAGCCAGGCAACACUAACCAGGUCAGUGUGAUGCUGUUUGUUUUACCUUACUAUAAUCACCAUCCGUUCUCUGUUAUUGAUCAUUGUGAAGAGCAGGCACACGUUCUCCUGUUGUUUUGUAUUACUGCAGCUAUCUGAUGGAAUCAAUAUAUGGGCUACACAGGUUGCCAUCAGAAGGAAAAUCAGAAGGAAAACUACGCCGGUAAAAUAUGCCUGUAGAAAACGGCUUAUGACACAAUAGGAUAGCAAAGCAGUCAAGACAGUCAGAGUAGCCUCGCUUGCUAUGCUAACAUCACCUGUCUAAUGCCAGAGACACUUUCAUAACAACGUUGUGAUGCCAAACGGCGUCAAUUCAGACUGAAACACAUUCACUUAUGUGGAGGGGGGUUAGGCAUCAGCUGCUCGUGUGACAGUCAGACAGUGAAUGUGAAUCGGUCAUAAGAGGGCACGUAAACGGUUACGUCAUGACGCAAACGAUGACAUAAUGACGCAGCUCCACUCGGCCUCUGAGCGGUGGAAAGCAUAGACUGUAUACAGUCUAUGGUGGAAACACAAGGGGUGCUAGAGGCUAGAACCAGAAAAUUGCCAGAAAAAACAAAAGAUCGGAUCUUGAACCGAGUCCGGUUUGGUGGAAAAGGGGCAUUACUGUUAUAAUGGAACUGAUUGAAAGCACCAGCUCGUUCCUUCCAGCCGUUCUAAAUGUUCUGAGAUAUCCGUGUAUCUUAGUAAAACACUUGUUCAUUGUUCCGUUUAAUUGGGAGGUAUGGGGGGGUCUUCUGUUAAAAACAAUUAUCUUGUUUUCAGACACCCGCAGAUGAUUUGAAAUAAACAUUUUUUAAUUUUUUUUUUUUUAUAGAAACAACCUAAAGACUUAAUUUUGAGCUUAACCUGACAUUUUGAGAUGGGGGAGAACGCGCGUUCUGUGGAAUCCUCUGAAGAGCCUACAGUGUUUCUUUUGUUCACAUUAAAUUAAGUGUAAAAUAAAUAAUUAUACAUGAUUGGAUUAGUUUUUUGUUUUGUUGUUGUUGUAUAUGAACUUUUGGCAAACUAAACCGUUUCUAGUCCCUGCAGUCUGCAGUGGGUCCAGCAGAUAAUAAUCUUUGACUGUAUUCAGAUUUUGUGAAUAAAAAUGAUGGAUGCUUCA